AUGACCCCAGACACAGAUGUCGACUACGAGCUACUGUACAGAGAUGAAGACGAAAUCAUCGACGGCGUCCAUUCUGUAAAUACCUUCGAUUCAAACGGCACCGAUACAAUGGUCUUUCUUCACAUUCAAAAAACGGGUGGGACGACGCUCGGCACUCGCCUUGUAAAUCACAUUGAGCACCAUAAAUGCAUAAAAGUGCCCGAAACAAAGCGCUGGCAGUGUCUGCGCCCGCUCGCUAAUGCCCCAAGGACUCCUGAACCAAAGCAAAUGAAUGUCCCGCACACUUGGCUUUUCAGUCGGUACUCGACUGGCUGGCUCUGUGGGCUGCACGCGGAUUGGACGGAGUUACAGGGUUGCGUAGAUGAGAAGUUGGAUGAAAUUGCGGGAAAGAAGGAUCGAAACUUACUGUACAUAACCAACCUGAGAAACGCAACGAUGAGGUUUAUUUCUGAGUGGAAACAUGUCCAAAGGGGCGCGACUUGGUCCGGCUCGACGCUAACCUGUGGCGGCGAGCAGCACACUAACCUGACGACUCAAUGUUUUGACGGGCCGGACUGGACGAACGUCACUUUGGCCGACUUCACUGCCUGCAAUCACAAUCUCGCGUUCAACAGACAAACGCGCAUGAUCGCCGAUUUGAACGAAAUCGACUGCUACAAGCAUCUUGGAGAUUUGACCCACAUUCCCGAAAACAUCGAACGGAAGAUGCUUGAAUCAGCCAAGAAAAACCUCGUGAAAAUGCGCUGGUUCGGGUUAAUCGAGUUCCAACUCGCUUCAAAAGAACUCUUCGAAUACGCCUUCCAGCCUUUGCGCUUCGACAUCGAAUUCGAAAAGUGGGACGACACGCACUCCUCAGCUGCUAUUCAAGACAUACCUCAAAAACUCAUCGACGAAAUUGCGCGUCUAAAUCAUCUUGACGCGGAGCUGUACGCUUUUGCGCGCGAUUUGCCAAUCGGGUUCCGACAUUUUUUGACACUAAUCGACCUCUCUUUUUUUCCGUGA